AUGCUCCUCCACGGCUUCCUUCCCAUUUCCCUCCUCGCUAGCUUGGCUCUCGCCUCGCCCAUCAUCACUGCUCGCGACAACAACGCGACGGCCAUCAUUGCCGCCGUCGCACCCAAGUCGGUGUCAUGCAACGGCGUAACGGACUUCCCCGACGAGUGCGCCACCGCGGACCGCGCAGCCAAGUACCUUCCGGCGGCGCUCCAAAAGUACGGCAUCUACCGCCCUGGCGAGAUUGCCGGCGUCCUCAGUCUCAUGGCCUUCGAGACUGGUGAUUUCCGGUACAACCGCAACCACUUCCCCGCCCCCGGCCGUCCCGGCCAGGGCACGCGCAACCUCCAGAUGCCCAAGUACAACCUGAUGUACGCCCUCUCCAUCCCCGAGCUCAAGGACAAGGCCGCCGAGAUCGCCGCCGGUGCCACAGAUGGUGCGAGCCUGUCCGAUGAUCAGAAGAAUGCCGUCCUCGACCUCCUCCUCCCCGACGACUACUCCUGGGGCUCGGGACCUUGGUUCUUGGCGACUCAGUGCGACCAGGAUGUCCGCGACGGGCUCGCUGCCGGCACCGUCAGGGGUUUCACGCUCUACAUGGAGUGCAUCGGCACCUCGGGCACGGAGGACCGUGUCGAAUACUGGUCGAGGGCCAAGGCCGCUUUCAACAUGCCAUAG